AUGAGAUCUUUGACCCUCUUUGCAGCUUGCCUGUGCUCCAUAUCUACCACUACUGCAGCAGAUGCGAAUCUUUCCACACCUCUCUCCUCGCAUCAGAUCCUCCCGGAUAACUUCAAGCCUCCACAGGUCUUUAAAAAUGCUAAUUUACUGCGAAACAUCAAUCUCGAAAAGGGCUACGUGAGGGAGACGAUCAAUGUUGUCAUUGAGAAUAUAGACGCAAAAGAGCAGGACACAUACUACAUACCUUUCAAAGCAGAAGCAAUUGGCAAUGUUGGAGGGCUCGAGGUCAGGGACAAGAAGGAUCCCGAGAAGGCUGCUUUCCACAGUGAGGUCGUAGAAUAUGAUCCAUAUAGUCCAACCCAAUUCUAUCGCGUCACUUUGUCUAGUCCUCUGGCGCCAUCUACCCAACAGACUCUUUCCAUAAGCUACCACGUUCUCUCCGCCCUCGCCCCUCUUCCAGCCACCAUCAACCAGCAAGACAAACAAUACCUCUAUUAUACCUUUUCAACCUACUGGCCCUCUGCCUAUCUGACCGAGAAGCAAAAGACGAAGAUCAAGUUUUCCACAGCUGAUAUUCCAGACUACACCGCUGAGCCUUUGCGCGAGGGGAAGACCUUCACCUAUGGGCCGUUUGAACAGACUCCAGCUGGCGUGGAGCAAGAAGCCAGCGUGCGGUAUGAGUUUACAAGACCCAUCACUCACGCUACGCUUCUCGAGCGAGACGUUGAAAUCAGUCAAUGGGGUGGAAAUCUAGCGACGGAGGAGCGGUAUUGGCUCACGAACAAGGGCGCUCAUCUUGCCGGGCACUUCUCUAGAGUGGAAUGGGCACGCACGCAGCAUUAUAACCCACCCACAAGCGCAUUGAGAAUGCUCACACUCCCACUGCAAGUGGGAAGCUUGAACCCUUACUUUACCGAUGACAUUGGAAAUGUCUCGACAAGCCGCUUCAGGAGCAAUAUUCGUGAGGCGAACCUCGAGCUUAAACCGCGAUACCCGGUGUUUGGAGGGUGGAAAUACAGCUUCAAGGUCGGCUGGGAUGCCAGUCUGGGAAGCUUCUUGAGGAAAUUAAAGAAAGGCGACGGUUAUGUGCUCAGAGUUCCCUUCUUGGAAGGUCCAAAAAUGGGCGAGGGAGUAUCAUACGAAAAGGUUGAUCUGCGAGUCAUUUUACCUGAGGGGGCUACAAACGUACUAUACGAGAGCCCAAUUCCCGUUGUGGCCAGCGAGAUUUCGUCUCACAAGACUUUCAUGGACACACUAGGCCGGACAACGCUAAAGCUGACGGCUAUGAAUGUGGUUGACGAGGCUCGAGAGAAGCAUGUGAUUGUCACAUACGACUACCCUUUCAUCGCGGCAUAUCGAAAGCCGUUUACCAUAUUCGCUGGUAUCAUGACAGUGUUCGCCACAGCUUGGGGGAUAGGGAGCUUUGGCCAGCAACUCCGGACGUCGCUAUUGAAAGACUACUUCUACUACUACAUAGCCUAUGAUGACCUCAAAGACGCUCUCAAGACCCCUUAUCAAGACGACCCUAGCCCGCAAAAUCCCAACCCAAAGCGGAGACCCUGGACUGAAGAUGACGAGAAAUCCUUCGUUGCAGAGUUGGAAGGGGAGCUCGAGAAAGUCUUCACCUUUCAGCGGGUCAAGUCCGGAGAGAUAGUGAGACGGAUCAAGGCCAGCGAGAAAGAAGUCAAUGAUGUGAUUGGGCGCUUGGACAAGAGGGGGCCGAGGGCUACACAGAAUGGAAAUGCUGGCCAUGCGGAAGAGGAGGAUGUACCUACCGAGGACGACUUCAUGCUACUCGAAGAGGAUUUGAGUGAUAUCAUUGCCGAUGUGCAUGAUCUGGCUAAGUUCACGCAACUGAACUAUACUGGGUUUCAAAAAAUCAUUAAAAAGCAUGAUAAACAAACAAAGUGGCAUCUCAAGCCAGUCUUCGCUGCACGGCUGAAAGCCAAACCCUUUUUUAAAGACAAUUACGAUGCGUUCAUCGUCAAGCUCUCGAAGCUCUACGAUCUUGUACGAACGAGGGGAGACCCUAUCAAAGGGGACAGUGCAGCGGGAGGAGGCCAACAAAAUUUCGUCCGGCAAACGACAAAAUACUGGGUGCACCCAGAUAACAUUACAGAGUUGAAGCUCAUCAUAUUGAAGCAUCUUCCAGUGCUAGUCUUCAAUCCGAAUAAAGAGUUCGAGGCCAAAGACUCGGCGAUCUCAUCAAUCUACUACGACAAUCCAGAGACAUGGGAGCUGUACACCGGGCGUCUGAAGAAGACAGAAGGUGCAGAAGCGAUCCGGCUACGAUGGUAUGGCGGCAUGGAAAUAGAGACAAUCUUCGUGGAGCGAAAAACUCACAGAGAAGACUGGACUGGAGAGAAGUCAGUCAAAGCACGAUUUUCGCUCAAGGAGAAGAACGUAAACGCCUUCCUAAGUGGCAAGAUGAAGGUGGAAAGUAUCUUUGAAAAAGCAAGAAAAGAAGGCAAGAAGAGCGAGAAGGAAAUCUCGGACUUGGGACAGCUGGCCCGAGAGAUACAGUAUCGAGUCAUCACUAGGCGACUUGUGCCAGUCACAAGAUCUUUCUACAACCGCACUGCUUUCCAACUCCCAGGCGAUGCCAGAGUCCGCAUAUCCCUGGACACGGAGCUGACCAUGACCCGUGAAGAUAAUCUUGAUGGAAAACAACGAGCCGGCAAGAAUUGGCGGAGGAUGGACAUUGGUGUCGACUUCCCGUUUUCGCAGCUGCCGCCUGAGGACGUCGAACGCUUUCCAUAUGCUGUACUUGAGGUCAAGCUCCAGACACAAGCGGGUCAAGAUCCACCAGAAUGGGUGCGAGAGCUGAUAGGCAGUCAUAUCGUCGAAGCCGUCCCCAAGUUCAGCAAAUUCAUUCACGGCACCGCAACCAUGUUCCCCACGCGAAUAAACCUCCUACCAUUCUGGAUGCCACAAAUGGAUGUUGACAUCCGGAAACCCGUUACCCACGGCUUCGGCAUCGAACGACCAGCUCAAUCAGCGAAUUGCUCUACCAGCGAAGAUAUCGACGACGAUACAGAAGACGACGACGAGACGGAAGGAGCUUCAGAAGAACAGCGGACAGACUCCCAAAACAGCCCCACUCUCCGAGACUCUGAAUCGGCCGACAGUGAACAAGGCAUCCGCCGCCUCCGCCUGGCGCGCGACGCUAUGGAGCACUAUGCCAUGGAACAGCACUCCGCGGAUCCAAAUGCCCUCGACAUCGAAGAACGUAUCUCCGCCGCCCCGCUAGCCCAUAACCCUGACGACUACCCCAUCUACGACUCCGAAGACGAAGAUAUGGAUGACAUGGAAGAAGCAAAACAGUUAGGUGGCUGGCACUAUCGCGGAAAAGUCAUAACGCAACACAUCGCAAUGGUCGGCUCCUACAUUGCUGCAGCUUUUUCCAAGAUCAUACCCGCACCCAAGCCGACUCCCAUCCCGGGCUCCGCUUUGACUGCUCUCGGAGACGUGCCGCCUAGCCACGUCGAAGCGCGCAGAUUCAAAGCACCGCGCGGCAAACGCAUCCAUGUUCCCGUGAGGGUUGAGCCCAAAGUCUACUUUGCGGCUGAGCGUACCUUCCUCUCUUGGCUAGAAUUCAGUAUCAUACUCGGCUCCAUUGCCGCAACUCUUCUCAACUUCGGCGACUCAGUAUCCCUAGCCAGUGCAUGGGCCUUUACGAUUGUGGCUUGUAUCGCUUUGUUAUACAGCAUGGGGCUUUACCUCUGGCGUGUACAGAUGAUUAGAGGACGGAGAGCUGUCAGAUAUCAUGAUAAGUGGGGCCCCAGCUUCUUGUGUCUGGGCCUGGCCGCAGCGGUGGCCAUAAGUUUUGGGAUCCGGCUGAGUCAGUAA